AUUUCUACCGGAGGUUCAUCCGCAACUUCAGCUCUGUGGCCACACCCCUGACUCGCCUAACCUCCACCACCAACCCGUUCCAUUGGACACCUGAAGCUGACGAGGCUUUCCACCUACUCAAGCAUCUGUUCACAUCUGCACCCAUCCUCAUUCAACCAGAUCCCAACCAGCAGUUCGUGGUGGAGGUGGAUGCCUCGAACACUGGGAUUGGUGCAGUGUUGUCUCAACGCUCCGGACCAGACCAAAAGCUUCACCCCUGCGCUUUCUACUCCCACAAGCUGUCUCCCGCGGAAAAGAAUUAUGAUGUGGGUAAUCGAGAACUGCUAGCUGUUAAACUAGCCUUGGAGGAGUGGCGCCAUUGGUUGGAGGGUACGGAACAGCCAUUUGUGGUCUGGACAGAUCACAAGAACCUAGCUUACAUUCAAUCAGCAAAACGUUUGAACUCCCGUCAGGCCCGCUGGGCCCUGUUUUUCAGCCGGUUUAAUUUUUCUCUCACCUACCGUCCAGGUUCCCGUAACAUCAAGCCCGACGCCCUUUCCCGACAACAUGCUCCUGAGGGGGAGGAAACUUCUUCUCCUGAUACCAUCUUACCUGCUUCUCGAGUGGUGGCUACGCUAACCUGGGAGAUUGAAGCCCAAGUCAAGGAGGCACAGCAGACCAACCCUGAUCCUGGUAUUGGACCCCCCAAUCGGCUUUUUGUCCCAGACUCUGUUCGCUCACAAGUUCUCAAGUGGGCACAUAAUUCUCGGUUUGCUUGUCACCCUGGAUCCACACGAACCCUAGCCCUGUUAAGACAGCACUUUUGGUGGCCCACCAUGGAAACUGAUGUCAGGACUUUUGUUGCUGCUUGUACAGUUUGUGCCCGAAGCAAGGCUUCUCAUCGCCCCCCGGCAGGUCUACUCUGUCCCCUACCUGUUCCCAGCCGUCCCUGGUCACACAUAGCUGUGGACUUUGUCACCGGUCUUCCCCCCUCUCAGGGUCACACGUCUAACGGCCAAGCCGAGCGAGCUAACCAACACCUGGGAGCUGCUCUGCGGUGCGUGAUUGCAUCUAAUCCCUCUUCCUGGAGUAGUCAUCUGGCUUGGGAGGUCGAGCUAGCAGUUCCAUCUAUCCAGCACCAUCUCGGUAGGUGUCGUAAAGUCUGGAGGGAGACCCGAGCGGCGUUGCUGAGGACUCAAGAGAGAAACCAACGAAUCGCUGAUCGGCAUCGGAUCUCUGCUCCUGAGUACGUCCCUGGACAAAAGGUUUGGCUUUCGGCUAAAAACAUUACCCUCAAGACGGAGUCUAAGAAGCUAGCACCACGAUUCAUUGGUCCUUUUGAAAUUGACCGUCUGGUCAACCCAGUAACGGUGAGACUGAAACUGCCCCAGUCCAUGAAGGUACACCCCACAUUCCAUGUCUCUCAGAUCAAGCCCGUCUCUUCCAGUCCUUUGUGCCCUCCUGCCGAACCCCCUCCGCCCCCCCGGUUGGUGGAUGACCUACCUGCAUUUACGGUACGGCGGCUGUUGGAUGUGCGUCGGCGAGGUAGAGGUCUUCAAUACCUAGUGGAUUGGGAGGGUUAUGGACCUGAGGAGCGGAGUUGGGUGCCCCGUUCUCGGAUUUUGGAUGCUGAGUUGGUCAGGGAUUUCCAUCGGACCCAUCCAGACAGACCUGGUAGGGCACCGGGAGGUGCCCGUUAGGGGGAGGGUACUGUUAAGGGUUAGUUCAGGGUUCCCUCCUCCUUCCUUUUGUGUCCUGUGUAUCCCCUGCCUUGUGUGGGUUGUUUGUCCUCGUUUGUCUGUUUGGUCUGUGGUGUGUGUAUGUGUGUGGCUCUCUCGCUAGGAUGGAGUGUGGGGACGUCCGUUCCCUAAUUGACACAGCUGUCCUGAGUCAAUCAUCAGCCUUCCACCUCCGACUGGUGAUUUAAACCAGCUCUGCAGUCCUGUCGUCGCCAGUUCGUCAGACCACGUCCCGGGAUCACCUGUCCAUUUCUUCAUCGCCUGAAAUAUCAUCCCUGGACUCCUGCCUCCUUCCCACGCUCCAUCGACCAUUCGAUCCAUUAUCACUCCACUACGGACUUCGCCUUGCCUCAACUGAGAGCAGCCACUCUUCCCCUCACCUCGCCAUAAUUGCAAUAAAGACUGUACACAGCACCACCUUGCCUCUGAGUUCUGCAUUUGGGUUUAGCCUGUAAUCUUGGCCGCUUCCCACGCCG